GACCUCUCGCGUCUUCCUUCAUCUGCCAUCUCCCAGAUAAUUUGCCAGGGUAGGUACUAGGGCGGGGCAGUCGGAGAGGGAUUUCCCAACGCGGUUCCAACCGUUCUGUCCUUUCGAGGCGGCGGGAUUCAGGAUGACUUCGUACAGAUUUCUGUGGCUCUGCAAGAUGUCCUUCCUAGUGUUAGGACCUGGCAUGCUUUUGGUUAUGUUCAGAAAUGUAUACCUUUAUGAAGACCUCAAACCAGAGCUCCCUCGUCCUGCUCCAGUUGUCCGGAUGCCAAAGCUUCUAUCUGAAGAACGUCUCAGGAACCUCUUUACCUAUGAUGGGAUCUGGCUGUUUCCGAAAAAACAGUGCGAAUGUGACACCAAACAUCAGGGCUACAACUUUCAGGAUGCCUAUGACCGGAAAGACCUCCCUGCAGUGAAAGCGAGGAGACAGGCUGAAUUUGAACACUUUCAGAGGAGAGAAGGGCUUCCCCGCCCACCGCCCCUGCUGGCUCCUCCCAACCUCCCCUUCGGGUACCCGGUUCAUGGGGUGGAGGUGAUGCCCCUGCACACAAUUCUCAUCCCAGGUCUCCGGUUUGAUGGACCAGACGCCUCCAUUUAUAAGGUCAUCCUGACAGCUUCUCUGGGGACACUGAACACCCUCGUUGACAUCCCAGACAGUGUGGUGUGGGGCAGAGGCCAGAAGCAGCUGACUAUUUCAACCAGUGACCAGAAGCUUUUGAAUUUUAUCCUCCAGCACAUGACCUACACCAGCACAGUGUACCAGCACCACAAGGUGGACAUGGUGAGUUUGGAGUUCAAGUCCUCAGUGGCCAAGUUUCCAGUAACCAUCCGCCAUCCUGUCAUACCCAAGUUAUACGACCCUGGAUCAGAGAAGAAGCUCAAAGACCUGGUAACCAUCGCCACCAAAACUUUCCUCCGUCCCCACAAGCUCAUGACCAUGCUCAAGAGCAUUCGUGAGUAUUACCCAGACUUGACCGUGAUCGUGGCUGACGACAGCAAGGAGCCCUUGAAAAUUAAUGACGACUAUGUGGAGUACUACCUCAUGCCCUUUGGGAAGGGUUGGUUUGCUGGUAGGAACCUGGCUAUAUCUCAGGUCACAACCAAAUAUGUUCUCUGGGUGGACGAUGACUUUCUCUUCAACAAGAAGACCAAGAUUGAGACGUUGGUGGAGGUUCUGGAGAAAACGGAACUGGAUGUGGUAGGCGGCAGUGUGCUUGGAAACUUGUUCCAGUUUAAGCUGUUGCUGGAGCAGAGUGAGAAUGGGGACUGUCUUCACCGGAGAUCAGGAUCUUUCCGGCCUCUGGACGGCUUCCCCAACUGUGUGGUGACUAGUGGCGUUGUCAACUUCUUCCUGGCCCACACGGAACGACUCCGAAGAGUUGGCUUUGACCCCCGCCUGCAACGAGUGGCUCAUUCAGAGUUCUUUAUUGAUGGGCUUGGGAGUCUGCUCGUGGGGUCAUGUUCAGACGUGAUUAUAGGUCACCAGAACCAUUCUCUACUGGCGGAUUUGAAGCUGGCUGCCCCAGAGAAGAACUACAGUAAAUACCGGGCCAACACGCAUGCCCAAGUCCAGUUCAAGCUAGCUCUCCACUACUUCAAGAACCAUCUCCAAUGUUCCACAUAAAGGCACCUGGACAUCAGAAAAGCACUAGGCUGACUGGUUGCUGGUAUCUGGAACAGUGGAACAUGUGGUCAAGCUACCAAAAAAUAGACUCCUGAAAAAAUGAACAUUACAAUAAACCACCUAGUGGGUUGGGCAAAUGGGUCAAGCUCAGCUAUUGGAAAGACCAGUGGAAAGCUAAAGGACAUUAGAAAUAUACCAAUCACCGAUCAGAGCAACGGAGCCCAUAUUAAAAACAAUCAUUAUUUA